CGUCGCCGACUCGUGUUGUGCUGCUGCAGUUCAGCCAGUGCUCGACCGAGCGUCGCUCGAGAGGCAAGUUGUUCACUCUCUCGCUGCAGCAACCACAGCAGUGCCUAUCUAUAUACAACAUACAUAUACAAUCUCGUAGUGUUCGGAGUCGCCUUCCUCUUUCUCUCUCGAGUAUACAUAUACGUAUUUUGCGAGCUUUCGGAUAACCUCAAACUAUCUCUGCGAAUUCUCUCCCUCUCUGCUCUCGUCGUUGCCUUAUUACAAAAAAAAAAAAACGUCCAUACACAAGAUUACGAUCGACUGAUUCGUAUGAAAUGAAAAAUUCGCGAUCAGUGCAAGUGCGUUUGUGCCUUUGAACUCUGUGCCUGCCUGCGUCGUCGUAUAGUCGUGUUAUUAUUGUGUACCACUGCAGAGAUAGCUGUGUUGUAUAGCACAGACGAAUCUUCGUACAGUAGUAUAUAUAGUGCUGCUGCCGAUCGUGCGCUGUCUACCACGGAAUAAUAUAACGCACAAGUUAUAUAUACUAUUGCUGCUACUGCUGCUGGUGUAUAGUUUUUUUUUUAUUUCGCUGCAGCCGAGCGAGCGUAGGCGUUUUGUGAUAUAUACACACGUAUAUAGCAGAGCGCAAGGGAUAUUUUUAUCAGUGCAUGUGUGUACGCGACACGCGCGACGAAAAGUUUCGAUGAAAAAUGACCUAAGAGACGAUGCUUCGCCGGUCUUUCACACUGGAUAUGGGGCGAGGGCUUAGAAAAGCCUGCAGGUGAAGGAGGAGCAAAAAAAAAAAAACGGAGCAGACGGCCUACGGAAUAUACGCGUACGAUUUAUGCGUCAAUCGCUAUACGCGUAAUACUAUCACGGAUCACGAACGUUUAGGAUUAUUGUACCAUUAUUCGCGACGAAAUAAGUGCAGUUAUGAAGCGACGAAGAGACGGCUCGGCGGCGACAGGCCCGUGGAUGCUGUCGCUGCUACUCCUGGUGUGUUGUCAAGCGACUUUGGCCAACGCCGGUGCCUUGUACAAUCAGUGCCCGCUCGAGUGCUCCUGCCUCGGCAACAACGUCAUGUGCAAGGAUCUGCUACUGGUCGGCGCGCCCGAUGGCCUGCCACCCUGGACGGUGCAACUAGUACUCAAGGGCAACAAUUUCGCCAAUCUGGACUUCAGCGCGCUGAGAAAUCUGCCGAAACUCGAGGAACUCGACGUCAAUUCCAACGUGCUCGGUGACAAUUUCACGCUCACCUUGUCCGAGGAUGCCCAGCUCAAGUGGCUGAAGAUCAAUAAGAAUCGCUUGACCAAAGUACCCGAGCUCUCGCUGUUCUAUCUCACCCAUCUGUUCCUAUCGCACAACGCAAUCGACAGCGUCAGCAAAAGCUCCUUGAUCCAUUAUCCGGAGCUUCAGAGUCUCGAUCUGAGCGGCAACAAGCUGACCUCGCUGCACAAAGGAUCGUUCAUCGCGCGGAAGCUCAAAAUACUAAAUCUCAACUCCAAUCAGAUCAGCACGAUCGAAGACGGAAGCUUCGAGGAACUGAGCUCUCUGCAAGAGCUCAGAUUGAACAAGAAUCAUCUGACGGUGCUGAAGGAUUACUUGAAGAAGCUGGAUAAGCUGCGAAUUCUCGAAGUGAAUCGCAACGAGAUCCGCGCGAUCGAGGGCCUCACCUUCAAGGAGCUCAAGGGCCUGGAAAAGCUCCGCCUCAAGCGCAAUCGCAUCGAGACCCUCAACGACGGCGCCUUCUGGCCCCUGAACAAUCUCACCGAGCUCGCCCUCGACUUCAACGUACUGAAGAUCGUGCCCAAGGGCGCGCUGUUCGGCCUCAACCAGCUGCAAUCGCUCACCCUGUCGCACAACAGGAUCAGCCAGAUCGAGCUCCAGGCCUGGGAGAUGUGCAAGGAGCUCACCGAGCUGGAUCUGUCGCACAACGAGCUGACCCGCGUCGAGCGUCACUCCUUCGCGAUGCUUUACAAGCUGAGAAAACUGUCGUUGGAUCACAACGGGGUGUCUUACAUAGCCGAGGGUGCCUUCAAGGAUCUCUACAAUCUCCAAGAACUCGAAUUGAACUCGAACAAGAUAUCGUUCGUCGUCGAGGACGCCAUCGGAAUAUUCCUGCCGCUGACUCAGCUUCAAAAGCUCGGCAUCGCCCACAACCAGAUCAAGUCGAUCCACGUGAACGCGUUCGCCGGCCUCGCUCAAGUCACCGAGCUCGAUCUGACCGGCAACAACAUCACCAGCAUCCAGGAGAACGCCUUCGCGGGCAUGUCCUCGACCCUCGGCUCGCUGAAGAUGAACACCAGCGCCCUGUUCUGCGACUGCGGUCUGCAGUGGCUCAGCGUGUGGCUUCGCAAACGCGACCAGACCACCCUGAGCGAGACCAAGGCGCACUGCGGCUAUCCCCAGUGGCUGCGAGGCAAGUCGCUCAGUCAGCUGCAUCACGCCAACUUCACCUGCGACCAGUUCCCGAAGCCGCGAAUCGUCGAGGAGCCCGCCAGUCAUCUGAGCAUCAACAAGGGCGACAACAUAACGCUGAGGUGCAAAGCCACGAGCACGGCCAAUGCGCCGCUCACCUUCUCGUGGAAGCACGACAACACGGAGAUCCUGGAUCGCACCCUGCAGACCGACAGCGAGCAGAUCUACGUGGACGGGGUGAGCGCCGCGACGUCGGAGCUGCGUCUGACCAACAUCACCAAUGCCCACGGUGGCAAGUAUCAGUGCGUCGUUUCCAAUAGUUACGGCAGCUCGUACUCCGGCAAAACUAGAAUAUCCGUACUCGUAUUCCCGUCGUUCACCAAGAUGCCCGUGGACAUCAGGGUGUCGGCCGGCAACAUCGCCCGACUAGAGUGCUCGGCCGAGGGUCUGCCCAUGCCGCAGAUAUCCUGGCAGAAGGACGGCGGCAACGAUUUCCCGGCCGCCAGGGAGAGACGAAUGAACAAGAUGCCCAUGGACGACAAGCUCUUUAUCGUAGACGUGAAGGCGGCCGACUCGGGCGUCUACUCCUGCAUGGCGCAGAACCUCGCCGGCAACAUCACGGCCAACGCCACUCUCACCAUUCUAGAGACACCGUCGUUCGUCAAACCAAUGGAGAACAAGGAAGUCAUCGCGGGCGGUUCCAUAGUCCUGGAAUGCAUGGCCAGUGGCUCGCCUCGACCGCAAUUGUCUUGGCGCAAAAACGGCCUGCCGCUGCAGGCGAUCGAGAGGCACUUCUUCACCGCGGAUAAUCAGCUCUUAAUCAUAGUCAACGCGGUGCCGAGCGACGCUGGCAAUUACGAGUGCGAAAUGAGCAACUCGCUCGGCACUGUCACGGAUACCUCGGUGCUCACGAUCAUCGCGGCAGCUUCGCCAUCGUCCAUUUCGGAGGAGCAUGUAUUGGGUAUCAUCAUUAUCGCCGUGGUUUGUUGCGCCGUGGGCACUUCGCUCAUUUGGGUCGCCAUCAUCUAUCAGUCGCGAAAAAAAAGCAUAAACAAAGAUGCGCAGAGUUCUGGCGGACAGGCGGGAGGUGCCAUCGGUGGUACGGCCCAGACCGAGCACGAGACUCACCUCUACCUGGACACGAGCUCGCAGCAUAGCAAGGACAGCGGUACCGGCGACAGUACCAAUCCCAGCAACGAUCAGCUACAAAUCUGCCUACCUGACGGAACAGCGCGAUGCACCGUCAACAACGAGGAAGAUGCGAACGACGUCGAGGGUGACGAUCCUCUUCUGCCCUAUACGAAUCACGAGCGAUCACACCGCUACAGCGAGGUGCACGAGAUCGAGGUUCUACCGGAGGUAGAAGAAUCCUAUGAGGAAGAGCACGACGCUGCUAGCACCUCACUCACCAAACAAGUAUUUCCUUAAAAUGUGUGUCUCAGCUUCUUCUAAGCCCGGUGAGAUGUCAGGCUUGGAGAGUAACGCAUACUCUGCGAUUAAAAGUCUUUAAUAAUUUUAUUCUCGUGCGCGCUCGUUUUAAUUAUAAUAUAUAAUACGUCAUCUCGUUAAAAAGACAAAAAUGUGUAUGUAAUAUUGUAAAUAGUCAGGAUUGAGCAAUGUACUUUUUUGCUCGAUUGCCAUAGAAGAUGUGACGUAUCGGAUACACGUCAUUAUAUAGAAAUACAAAAGUGAGAGGAUCCUUGUGCAUGAUAUAUUAAUGCAAAAACUCUCGCACUCGGGUGUGUGUGUCGCAAACGUACGACAAACAAAUCGACAUUUUUUUGAUGUCCGUUUAUGUUGAAGUAAGUAAGAGUCUAUUCGUUAGGAAUAUUAGACGUAUUUUUUAACUACAUAAACCAUGCAUUGAUUCGACGCACCAUGACAUAUUUCAAAUUUAACCUUUUGAAAAAUUGUUUCAUUUGUUUAACGAAAUACUUGGAACAUUAUUUUGGCAUAAUAUUUCAAGUGCAUUUGUACUGAAAAGGUAAAUGUCAUUAAUCUUUUGCAAAGUAAUUACUAGAGAGGUUAAUAUUUUUCAUCGUGUCAUUUCAUUUUAAAUACGAUUCUACGAGUAUUAUACAUUGCGAGCUCAUUUUUUGUUAUUCUUUAUCGAUUUUUAUCGGUUUUGAGUUACGAAUAAUCAUCAUAAAUAUUAGAAUUAUUGUUGAGUCUUAUCAUUAGUAUUGAAUUUGUAAAAAUUAAGUUAAAAAGUUUUAUAUACUUAAUUGUUAACUCGAUUGUAAAUAUUUUUUUUACUUAGCUAACAAAGUAUUAGACAAUAGUUCGUACUUUAAAUUGGAUAAAAUGUGUGAUAAAUUUGAAUAUUUUCAAAUUUUUAAUGAAGGUUCACGCACUCUAGAACACAUAAAUAACGAUAAAAAAAUAACUUAUGCUUGCAUAUAAAUAUGCUGAAAGUGUUAACUAUUUAUUGAUGCCAAAAAGUUUUGCCUUAAAAUUUGCAUCUACUAAAUGUUUUAUAAGUGUUUUUUUCAAGUGCCACAUACUUUAAAAAAAAGUUUUAUAUGCCUUAUUAAUUAAAAAAAAGUACUAUGAAAGU